GAGAGGCGAAGGAGAUGGUGUCGCUGAAGCUCCAGAAGCGGCUCGCCGCGAGCGUCCUCAAGUGCGGCAGGGGGAAAGUGUGGCUCGACCCCAAUGAGGUCAACGAUAUCUCCAUGGCCAACUCCCGCCAAAACAUUAGAAAGCUUGUCAAGAAUGGUUUUAUUAUCAGGAAGCCCACCAAGAUUCACUCGCGGUCUCGUGCAAGGAGGGCACUGGAGGCAAAGAGAAAAGGGCGUCAUUCCGGAUACGGGAAGCGCAGGGGCACAAGAGAAGCUAGGCUCCCAACCAAGGUACUUUGGAUGCGUAGGAUGCGAGUUCUCAGACGGCUGCUGCGGAAGUACCGCGAGUCAAAGAAGAUUGACAAGCACAUGUACCAUGACAUGUACAUGAAGGUGAAAGGUAAUGUUUUCAAGAACAAGAGGGUGCUGAUGGAAAGUAUUCAUAAAUCCAAAGCGGAAAGGGCAAGAGAGAAGACCUUAUCUGAUCAGUUUGAAGCUAAACGAGCCAAGAGCAAGGCUAGCAGAGAAAGGAAACUUGCAAGGAGAGAGGAACGCCUAGCUCAGGGGCCUGGAGACCGCAUAGUUGCCACACCUGCUGCUAUAGCAGAAGCCCCUAAGAAAGCAAAGAAGUAAUGGAAAAGCUUUAGUUGCGGAAUAGGUACAAGCUGCUAAUGGUUCCUCCCUCCCUUCUGUUCUGCUUUCAAAACUAUGCACGCCGCAGAAAAGCCCAAGAAGCUUUCGUUUCAGUUAUUUUUGGUUCAUUUCAAAAUCCUUGUUUUGUUUUGGAGUUGGAUAACCAUGUGCUCUACUAGUUUAAAGUAAUUCUUUUUUUGUCACUUAAUCUUACCAUGGUAACUGUUAUCUUGUGUGGUAUUUCCUGCCUCCCCUCCUCACAUGAUUGUCUAUGAAGUUAGCCAAUGAUUUUUAGA